AUGGAGAAGAGCAAUUUCUCAGAAGAAGAGAAAUGGUGGGGAGAUAACCAUUUAGAGCAGAUCAAUGGCUUCUGGUUCAUGCCUAUGCUUAUCCCCAGAAUUCACCGGGUGCUAGCCGAGUUCAACCCACGUCCCAGCGAUGUAAUCUUGAGUUCCUUUCCUAAAACCGGCACCACAUGGCUCAAAUCUCUUCUUUACUCCAUCAUCAAUCGCUCCUCUCUUGAUUCUCUGGUCAACAACAACCCCCGCGACCUCGUCCCUUUCCUAGAAAUUCAAGUCUAUGGAGACCAAGAAUCAUCGGACUCAUCAACUUACCUGUCGUCCGAGGAUACCCCUAGAAUUUUCAGUACACAUAUCCCUUACCAACUGCUAGGCAAAACCUUGGAAUCCUCGGGCUGUCGUGUGGUUUAUGUUGCCAGGAACCCAAAGGACACCUUAAAUUCACUCUGGCAUUUCGCGAAUAAGUGGGAAAUGGCAGUGGAAGGGCCAUGGGAGUUGGAAGAAGCUGUGGAGAAAUUUGUGAGUGGGGUUGUCCCUGACGGACCUUACUACGAGCAUGUAUUGGGGUAUAGAAUGGCGGGUUUGAAUAAUCCUGAUAAAGUGUUCUUUAUUACUUAUGAAGAGUUAAUGGAUGACACGAAAACUCAUGUCAAAAAAUUGGCUGAGUUUUUGGGUUGUCCUUUUGUGGAGGAGGAGGAUAAGAAAGUGGAGGAGAUUGUCAAGUGUUGCAGCUUUGGGGUUUUGAAGAAUCAUGAGGUUAACAAGUCCGAAGAUUAUACUACUUGGGCUCCAACUCCCUAUACUUCAUUUUUUAGACAAGCAAAAGUGGGUGACUAUAGAAAUCACUUAAGUGAUGAUGCUAUUAAAAGAAUUGAUGCACGUACGGAAGAGAAAUUUUAUAAAUCUGGAUUUGUUUAUGGGAUUUAG